AUGGACGUCGCUCCGUCCCCCCUUUCGCCGGAAGAUGCAGUGCGCACGUCUGCCAAAAGAACCGCCGAGCUCUUCGGCUCCGAUUACCUCAUGGUCACGCCCUCGACAGGAAACGGCUCGAUCGGAGUCUCGUACCGCCGCAAAGCCGAAUACCAGGAUGUGAAGGAACUUCCACCAGCUCUCGCCGAGAAGCAAGCUAAGGCUGCCGCCGCUGGGCGCGCAAAGCGGCCGAAGACUCACAUGCAGGCGCAAGCGCCCGUGGAUGGCAGCGGCGCCUCGAUGUCCUUGGUGAAGAGAGCUGCUGGUCCCCAGGCCGGCGGCAUCGGUGGUGAGAACGAACCUAAGAGUCUGAUCCAGCGACCCUCCGCGACGCGACAGCAGAGACCCGACUGGCACGCGCCAUGGAAGCUGAUGCGUGUGAUUUCCGGACACUUGGGAUGGGUACGGGCUUUGGCCGUGGAGCCGAACAACGAGUGGUUUGCUAGUGGUGCGGGUGACCGAACGAUUAAGAUCUGGAACCUUGCGACGGGUGCCCUGCGCUUGACGCUGACGGGUCACAUCUCGACUGUGCGUGGCCUGGCGGUGUCGCCUCGCCACCCGUAUCUCUUCUCCUGCGGUGAAGAUAAGAUGGUCAAAUGUUGGGAUUUGGAAACGAAUAAGGUCAUCCGCCACUAUCACGGUCAUCUCAGCGGUGUGUACACACUGGGACUUCACCCCCGCCUCGACCUCCUGGUCACUGGUGGUCGUGACGGCGCCGUCCGAGUCUGGGACAUGCGAACCCGAAGCAACGUGCACGUCCUGACCGGCCACAAGGGCACCAUCGCCGACGUGAAAUGCCAGGAAGCCGACCCGCAGAUCAUCUCCGGCUCGCUCGACGCCACCGUGCGUCUGUGGGAUCUCGCCGCCGGAAAGUCCAUGGGCGUGCUCACACACCACAAGAAGGGCGUGCGAAACAUCGUCACCCAUCCCCGGGAAUUUACCUUCGCCAGUGCCAGCACCGGCAGCAUCAAGCAAUGGAAGUGCCCGGAGGGUGACUUUAUGCAGAACUUCGACGGCCACAACGCCGUCAUCAACUCGCUCGCCGUCAACGAAGACAACGUCCUCUUCUCCGGCGGCGACAACGGCUCCAUGUCCUUCUGGGACUGGAAGACGGGUUACCGCUUCCAGUCCAUCGACACCACCGCUCAGCCCGGUUCCCUGGAUGCCGAAGCCGGCAUCAUGGCCUCCACCUUCGAUCGUACCGGUCUGCGUCUGAUCACCGGUGAAGCCGAUAAGACCAUCAAGGUCUGGAAGCAGGACGACGAGGCCACGCCCGAAUCGCAUCCCGUUACCUGGGCGCCUACCCUGGGUCGUCAGAGAUACUAG